GUGCUGUGCCCGGCUCCUGUCCUCGUCGUGCUGAAGAAGAUCCGUCGUGCCGUCGACAACGCCUGUGACUGUGACCGUGACUAUCGUACCGUUACCUCUGCCUUUGCCGCUGCCGCCGUCGCAAUGUGCCUCGUCGACGUGACUGCCUCCGCCCGCGAGAUGCUAAUUAAAUGAUGGUGCUAAGGGAUCCCACGGGUAAGGAUGAGGGAAAGGACACCCUCUGCCGACGAUACCCCGAAAAGGGCUCCACCGGCACCAAGCAGAGAGGCGGCCGUAGCUGGUAGCGAGACACCGAACGACGACACGAUUGAAACUUAUCGUACGGCCAAGUUACCCAACAUCUCUUUGGCAUCCAGCGCGACGUCGUCUUCCGAUAGAAUGGUAGCGUCGAUGCAGAGCCUGGAGGAUCUAGCCGUCAAUCACCCUGCUAACGCUACAGGUAGCAACGGCGAUCGUCAGCAGCAACAGCAGGAGCGAUAUGGUGGUCACGCUUACAGAUCGUCGGCGCAGACCGCCCAGGACAAGCGAUCGCGGCUGAGCAAUGUCAUCAACAACCUGCGCAAGAAGGUACCCGACGGAAUCGUUAAAGAAAACGUAGAAUCGCCCAGGAAAGAAGAGGACGAUCGCAAUAGCGUUGAAAGAAAUCUGGAGACGCUUGAAAAAUACGUGAUGACAGUGCUGAAUGGUGUGAUCAAGGAGGAUGAGGAGAAGAACAAGGGAAAGAGCGCGGAAAAGACAAAAGAGCCGGAAAGACGAAGAAAAGACGCUGAAGAAGAGGAGAAUCCAACUGGUACGACGGUCAAGUUCGAACCUUCGAACGAAAGUGAUAUCGAAGCUGCCGUGGUACCAUGUUUGGAGGAUUCCUCUACGGUCGAAAAAGCCGAAUUUUCCAAGAUUAUAGACUGUUCGAAUGCAAAGGGAGCAAUAGAAGAGAGUAUAGAAAUUUCGGAGAUCAAAAUCAGUCAAGAUUCAAAGGAACUGUCUUCGAGAAUGGAGGAAGACCAUUUAGAUGUCGAAAAGGAAAAGUCAUCCGAAAGUGACCGAGACAUUUCGAGAAAAAAGAAGGAAAAUCGAACGCUGGGCACAAUCAUAAUGGACAGGUUAAGUGAGCACCAAGUUGAGGAGAGAGCAAAUGUCGAUGACGGCAGAGGGAGAGACCGACGUGAUGAACGCGUGGUCUCGGAAAACAUGGAGAUGCGAGCGAUCUGCAUAGAAUUAUUGGAUGAGUUGUUAAAUGAUGUCUAUCUAACGAUUGACAACCAAAAGAAUCAACAGAGAGUCGAAGAAUGUGAGAAGACGAAAGAACUUAUUGACACAACUGAGUCGAGGAUAAAGGAAAUCAAAGAUUCGAACGCCAACGCUCAGGAAUUGAAGAGCUUGCACUGUAGUCUACCCUUGGACAAGGUCGCGUUCGUGCUUCAAAAUUGUCAGACCAGCGAAUCGGUGAUCUCGCGGUUCUCUUCAGGAUCACCUUCGAAUUCUCCAUCGACACAAAAAUCAAAGUCAUCGUCUUGCUCUUCUUCACCGGUUAGACUUCUCUGUCUUUACUGCGAUAGGAAGUUUUUGUCUAUGUCCUUGCGACAGCGACACACGGAAAGAGUGCACCAACUUGGUGGCAGAAGAUCGGAGAGAAAUUCCCGGAAGCCUUCUCAGAAUUGCCAGUAUUGUUCGGAGAAGUGCGCCGGUACCUUAGAGACGCUAUUCCACCACAUGAUCAACAACCAUGGAGACAAAUAUCACGCGUGCGUCCAAUGUUUGACAAGGUAUCCCACUCGGGAAGCUCUGAUGGGACACAUAAGCGAGGCCCAUGGCGGAAAUUCGGAGAGGAUUAUCAGUCAAGCUCAGCCGGAGAAAAUCAAAGAUAGCUCGUCCUGCAAAGAAUUCUGCAACCGCGAGAUGAUGAAAGUAUCGUCAAUCAGAGAGAGAAGAUCUGAAGAAAAGGAAUUGGAAACAAGUCAAGGUGACAAUCGACAGUCAGACAGCACUCGGACAAAACUCAUCGUAACACGGGAUUCUAUUGAUAACCCAGCCAGCCCGGAGUUUGACAGUUCUUUUUACAGCAAUGUGAGUUGCAAUAUCCGCGAGAACUUGCUACACCAUUUGGAUGGCAAGCUGCAGACGAUUGGCUCAUCAUCUUGCGCACCAACGAUUACUGUCUCUGGCUCAACGACGACGUCGACAGAAUUAAAAUCUCAGCAACAAUCAUAUUACGAGCAUAGCGUCAAUCAGAUUCAAUUUCCCAUUGACAUUUCACUAACCGCGGCGACACCGGUUUACAGCAAAGACUAUUCGGUCGGUGAAGAGUACGAAAACUCGAGCGAAUAUGCGCGUAAGGCCGGUAAAACUAGUAGCGGUUCGCGGCCGCGCCGAGUUUCUUUCGAGAAGUAUAACUUUCCACGCAAAUACGACGGCAGGGAACAGUGGACGUGCUCGAUCAAGGAUUUGAGCAAGUUUGACAUUUCUACGCAGUUAUCACUUCGGAAGAAGCAGCAGCUGAUCAAGGAACGCCUUACCAUCAGCAGGCUUCAUCAAAUCCCGUUGUCUUGCGAGAUUACUGAAGUAUCUCUUCGCGAUGAAGAACAGGUUGAAUCUGUCGUCGAAACGGCAGCGAAUAAUCAAGAUAAUAUCGAUCGGGAUUGCAGUAUCGAUGCAGCUUCCGCAACUCUCGACGUCGUCCAUUGCGAUCCUGGCGAACUGCCUCCAAACGAAAUCAAGAAGGAGACGACGAUGGAAGAAUCGUCCGCGUCUUCAUGUCUAUCAAAAUCAUUUACCACUUCGGAAUUUACCAUUGAAUUUGCAGAUUUUAUGAGAUUGAAGAGACGGGAACAAAGCGAUAAUAAAGCCGCUAAUAUCGAAAAGAUCAUCUACGCAGAACUGAGUGGCGAAUGGUCGCGAACACGAAUCUAUAUAUGCGGAGCUUGUGGUUCCAGACACAUGACGCUAAAGGAGAUGGAGGAUCACAAGGCUUCUACACAUCCGCGCGUUUUGUGCUCGCACUUUGAGCUAACCGGCGAUCAGCGCGAGCACUAUAAGCAUUUGUAUCUACCGGGACAAAGUGCGCCCACCGACGAGGCGCGUGAUGCCACGCUCGUGGAAACGGUAUGCACCAAGUGCACCAAGAGCUGCCUGAACGUGGCUGAGCUGCAUCGUCAUAUGCUGGAAUGCGGCGGUGAUUACGCCUGGCUGCUUGGCCUCACCGGCAGCGGCAAGAGGAAGUGUAAGUGGCGACCGUUCGGCAGCCGCAGCCGUCGGCGACGUCAGCGCGGCAUGAAGAGAAACAUACAGAACUCGCAGACACAGCCGCGGAUCGUAAAUAUGGAACGACCCAAGGAGAAGCAGGCACCGGCCGGACCUAGAGUCCGUCCGAGCGACCGCGAGAGUAUUCAGAAAAUGCUAGCCAAUCUGCCGCCUAAGAGGGCCACGAGGAAAGUUUUGCAGGACAAUGCGAUGCGAUCGCAAAACAAACUACGUAAUGUGCAGACCAGAACGAGGCCACGCAUCGGCGACAAUUCGUCCGUGUCACAAAUCUCGCGUAACAAAGCUGCCCUGAGAAAUAAGUUGCUGAAGAACGCCAAAUCGAUUCAACGCAAACGCUGUCGAAGCGACAACAUAACCGCGGUGAUCGAGAGCGUUGUGAAGAAAUGUCACGAGACCGAGAACAGACCGGACGGCGAUGGCAACAAGAAUGUCGAAACCGAGGACGAGGGUAAGAAGGAUGCCAAAGAGAUCAACGAGAUUCACGAGGAUGAUAAGAUUGUUCGUCCGAAGGUAGUCGGACGACCUAAAAUUUUUGGCAAAAAGGGGAAUAUGAAGAAGAAAACGGACAACUCGAGUAACAAGUUUCAAUUUCAAGGCAAAGCUGGCGAUAAGCUAGCGAAUUUAAAAGUAAAGGACAAAUUUGUAAAGUUUAAGAAUAGUGCUAUUUCAAAAUGCGAUGCAAAAGGCGAGGAAACAUCCUCUCCAAAGAAUAUACCAAAGAACUCGAAAACGAUUGAUAAAGAUUUCAAUUCCGACAGCAAAAGAAUAGCGACGGUUUCUGGAAUAAAGAGUAAGAGUAAAUCGACGCAAGGCACACUGAGGAGGAAACGUCCUGUGGAUCCGGUAGCAUCUUUGAACGCUUCCCUCAAAGCGAAGUUGCAGUUACGAACGCAAGACGGCAAGUUUGCUCGCAAUCCGAAUAAAGAUUCAUCAGCGAAAUUGUCGGAAGUGAAAGUGGACAAUGGGAAACAUAAGAUUGCCAAUUCGGUCGAAAAUAAGUUGCUGAAAUCGAAAACGAUUCAAAAGUUGAGAAAAGCCGAAGUACAGCUGCCACGAAGAAUCACCCGGCUAUCGUCGGACAGCGAUAAGAUGCCGACUUUAGAACCAGUAGUGCAAAUCGUAUCUUCCAACGAGGAAUAUGCCGAUAAAUCAACAAAUGACCUGCCUAUUUUGUCGCCAGUGACAUCAUCAGGAUCUCUUCAAGAUCAAAAGAUACUUCGAACUUCCACAAAAAACAUUUUAAAGGAGAAAGAGGGUAAUACCGGGUCAAAUACUGAUUACGAGGUUACAUCGGAAAAAAGCAUGAAGGAACAGAAAUCGACGCGGGGAAGAAAGCCGAAACAGGAACCGAAAGACACGAUGAAACGGAAGGAAAUCGAAAUAAUUGGAGAAAACGAGCUUUCUAAAAAUAAUUCGACGAUGUUAAAGGAGAGAAGAAUGAAAAACAAAAAAAAUUUGAACAUCAAAAAUAUUAAUAACGGCGAAAAUAGCAAAGAAGAAACAUUAAAGAGUGAGAUAAUCACUAAAAAGGAUUUAAAAUCAAGGAAGGAAGAAAUGACGAAAGAAUCUCGAAGCAAUUCGAAAACCAGAGUAGACAAAAAUUCUAUGAAACUGCCAGACAUCCCGUUUGAAGUAAAGAAACUCUUAGGUUCGGCUAGCAAAGAAGACCUUUUGAAUACAUUAGAGCUUGCGUCUAACGAUACCGGCUCGAAACGUAAUCUGAGACAAUCGACGCCAAGAUCGAAAAUACUCCAAGUGAGUGACAAGAAUCCGCGAGAACUUGAUGAUGAAUUGGACAGCUCGAAGGGAUCCAAGAAGGAAAAAAUAGACGCAAUUAGGAAAUCGUCCAGGAAAAACAUUGAGAAGAUGAGCGACGACAAAAUGGUAAAAACGAUUAAUCUAGAGAAGGAGUUGGUUACCAAAGACGCGAUUAACAAUGUUGCACAAAACGAUAGAAGUCAACAAAACAAAAAAGACAACCGAGCAGAUGUGAAAACGAAGGAAAUUGAUAGUACCGAUAUUGAGGAUAAGAUCGAUAGCAGACAGACAAGAAGAUCAUUGAUCGAUGCGAGAAGUGAGUCAUCUUUGGAAGCUGCAAGCGGUAGCUCUCAAAAGGACAGCGGUUUGUUUGGGAAGCGCCGCAAUCGUAACAAAUCAGUUGAGGAGACUGAAGAGACCAAUACACGUGCAAUGCAAAAACAAAAUAACAAUGAAAAUGUCACAUUGAAUGAGAAAGAAACUGAGAAAAAGGAAAAAUUCGAACAGGCUGUUGAUAAGGACGAAAGCGAAGGCGAUAGUAAUAGCAAUUUUGAUGAUCGCGAUUCAACGAUGGUGAAUCUCAAUCUGAGUCAUUUGCAAUCCGAAACGAGCAAUUUAUCUGUCGAUAGUGGCAAGGAGAAUACUUUGGAGACUUCCGUAAACAUUCACAAUAAAUUGAAGGUAACAAGGCCCAGAAAAACAUGGGGCGCACGUCGAGAAAGAUCAUCGAGGAAAAGAUCUUUGAACAAUGUCAUCGGCAUUCUGACGGAAGGCAUAAACAUUCCUGUGGAACAAAGCGUGCAAGUAUUGACGGUUCAAACCAGUCUAGAUAAUCCAGACAGAGUAGCGCGUAACGGAAGCACGCAACAACCCAUUGGUGGCGAGGAUAAUAUCGCAGUGGAUUCAACAUUCAGUGAACUAUCAGUUCUCGCUAAGAGCGAGCAGGAAUCCGUGGAAAAUGAAGUCAUAGUGACAAAUGCAAACGACAAUCAUUGUGCGGAUGAUGGAAAGAACGCUCAUUCUUGUAUUGAUAAAGCACAGGAUGCAAAUACUUUUACGGAUCAGAACGAUAUGUCAUCGAAAGUCUCGACUGUCAAGAUGCAUUCACCAGCCAACGAUAUCAUCCUCGAUCUGUCCAGGAGAAAACCCAAGGGUAAGGGUUCUUUCCUAGAGAAGAUUGUAUCGAAAAUAGCCAAGCAAAAAGACGCUCUGUUAGAAGGUGAGGUAGGUUCCCUUCUGGACAAUGCCGCUGAUGAGUUGACCAGCAUCCUUGAUGAAGUCGAGCCUAUUUUAGCCGAUAACGCAGAAAGCGCAAAUUUUGGCGAGGUAAGUUAUGCCUCAAAGGAUGAAAACAAUGAAAAUAUAACAAAUACAUCUACCGAUAAAAAAUCGCCAGUAAUUGCCACGCCUGAAAUUCGGUCAUUGGCAGAUAAUAUAAUUAAUAUCAAGAGUGCAGCUUCCGAACAUUCAAAGGAUUUAUUGGUUAGUCAAGAUAAUCAUAAAGAGAAUUUUGAAAUGCAAGUUCAGAGCAAGAAUCAAACUAAGAUAAAUGAUAUUUUAGAUGUUGAGAUGAAAGACAACUAUGUCAUAGAUAGACAAGUGAGUGGUUCAAUGCGUUCCGUUGAGGAAUCACAGGUUGAAUCUUGCGAGAAUAAAUCGGCAACGAACGAAGAAGCAAUUAUUCCAAUGGAGAUUCCAGAUGAAACUCCAUCAUCAUUGACAGAUACUUUAACGGAAAUUUCCAUUUCGUCAAUUACGGCACAAAAACUAAGUGUAGAGAAAUUCGAAAUGAAGGAAAAAUCCAGGAGAAAAUCUAACAAGAGAUUGCUGGAGGAUGCAAACUGGCCGGAAAAAAACAAAAGAAAGUCAUUAGAAGUCGUUGAAGAGCUUGCUGACAAAAAUAUACAAAAAGAGCUCCGACUUGACGACAUUAUCGCGUCUAAUCCUAAGCAAAAAGAGAUGUUUAAUGUUGAACACGAGCUUGUCGAAAAAAAAGGCGAAAUUAUAGAAAUUUCGAAAGUAGAUGCUGAAAUUGAGAAGUUUCAAUGUAACGAAACCAAAACUAUCAAAGAUUUGGAGCUAUCGAGUUUAGAAAAAAUUCUCAUGGACGAUGAAUCAAGUUUGGAGAAAUUCGCCAAUCUUACAGAAGCGGCUUAUGAAGAAGCGAAUGAGUUAACUGCGAACCUUGAAGAAACCGUUGAUAAAAUAAUUUCCGAUGGAAGAGUUGUUGAAGCCAAUAUUCGAUCAUUUAACGAUGAAAAAAAGCUGUUAACUUUAUCACCCAAAAGAGAUUCUGAAACAACAAAAAAACAUGUUACGAAAAAAAAGUUGCUAGCAGAUGAACAUUUGGAUCUAUCAAAAGACGAAUCUGUCAAAGUUGCUUCAAAAUUUAAUGAGAAACUUAAUGUCACAGAUUCUAGCGAGCAUUUAUCUGCCAACUUGGAACAUUUUAAGGUACCAGAAGUGAAGGAUUUAUUGCAGAACAUGAAGAAACGGGUAUCAAAAAAGAAGUUGUUACCCGAAGAUGAUCGCUGCAAUAACGAAAGUGUUUCCGAAGAGCCUCGAAUAAACAAAGAAAUUGCAGAAGUUAACGAGAUAUCUAACUUGAUCGAGAAAGUCGAAGAGCAAAUAGAAUGUAAAAAACAUAUUGUGCGAAAACAAUCAAACACAAAGAAGCUCGAAAGAUCAAGUUCUUCAGGUUCGAUUCGAUUAUCUCUAGUCAAGACAAGAUCCAUGUUCAAAAAGAGAACACAGUUAGAAUCGAGUGAGGAUCUCGCUAUUUCCAGCAUUUGCAGCCAAGACACUGAGAGCACAGAUGACUUAUCCGAGAAUUCGUGUGCCAGUGAGUCCAGCUAUUUCAGGAAGAAGCGAUUUGCUAAGAGGAAGAGGAAGGAAGAGAAUACAGCUGAUGAUAACGAACAAGAAGAUUCAAUAAUUUUAAAGAACAAUAAAGAAAAUUCGAAGAAAAAAACGCAAAAUGCUAAAUCAUUACUUGAUGAGCAUCUUGAUCUCUCUGAUAUGGACGAUAUCGAUAUUCCAAUGGACAUCCAAGCUUCGUUGGAGAACACAAAAGUUUUGGAGAACAUCGAACGAGAGUUUGAACUCUCUGAGAAAUCUUUAAUUUUACAAAAUGAGAAUGUAGAUGAUAAUCUAAUGGCAGAUGAAUCACCAAACAAAAAUGCUGCAGCAGAGCAAUCAUUAUCGAAUAACUAUGAUUCUCCGGAUGAUCCGAUCACCCCGAAGAAACGCACGGCCGGUAACUUUGUUGUAGUGCAUACAAAAACCGGCGAAAUUUUAAUAGUAGAAAAGAGGAAAAAGCUAACAAAGGAGGCAGCUAGAUUUUUUUGCGACGUGUGUGCUACUAGUUUUACUCGCAAGAGUUCCCUGAAGAAGCAUACAUUGUCGCAAUCUCAUCUAUCGCAAAUGGCAAAAUCUACCAAGGAUAAAAUUGAAUCUGUUAAUAAUGGCACAUCUGAAAAUACUGAAGAAAUCGACGAGAAAGAUAGAAGUAAUCAAAUAAGUGAUCGAGAUGCGAAGAGUACUUUAGAUGAUGCUCAAUCUCAGGAAGUCACUCAAAAGUCCGUGGAAUCGAACGAGAGUUAUGCUCCUUACGGAACUAACACGGAAUCUUUAGUGGAUCUAGGAGUAACGAGGCAAGAAACGCUGGAAGAUAAAUUGCUGGACGAGGAGAUUUGCAAGAUCACCGAAAACAUGAGUCAUGACGAAUAUGUUCUCACGGAUCAACUGACACCGGAGGAACCAAUGUCAUCAUCUACUCCUAUGAAACAAAUUCAGAAGAAGAAAGAGGAAUCAGGGCAAGACAGAAAUGAUAAGAAGCGCGAUAAGUCGAAGAAAAAGAAUCUAGCGGAAGAACAUUUGAUCUUGGAUUCUCCCGAGUUAAAAGGAUCAAAAGUUGAUUUGAACGAGUCUUUGAAUCCGGUUAAUGAAUGGAAUUCUUCCUUAUCAUCUUGUGAGCAUAAUUCGACAAAAGAAAUAAUACAAACAGUAAAAGAAGCCAAAGACGUACCUGAAGAAAUUCAAUGUGCGGAUUCAGCCGAAAUGGAGAAUCAGAUAGAAACAAAUGUUAAACCUUUGAAUAACAAAAUAGAUUGUUCAAAAUUAUCAUCAUUUGACGUCGAUAUGAAAGAUGAACAGCAUAUGGAAUCCACAAGGACUACGAGGAGCAGCAGGAUGAGGAAAUUCUGCAAGAUAGAUAAUGAUAAAAAAGAAGAGAUUCAAACUUCAACUGAAAUUAAUCGUUUCAAUUCAAGACCGAGAAGAUGUAAAAAUAUUCAGAAUUACAAAGAAAUAUCUACUAUGGAUGUUAUGUGGACUUUUAUAGGAGCUUCUAUGAAGAUUAACAACGACGAAAUAGAUAAUAGCUGUGAUUCGCAAAAGAGACAGAACGAAACAGAAGAAGAAAUGAUUAAGGCGUUCCAGGAAAUGGGAUAUGAUGAUACUAUGACGUAUACGGAAAUCACAAAAUCAAAGCCAGACUCGACUAACGAUAUUAAAAAGAAAAAACGUGGCAGACCGAGACUUAAGGAUCGUAUUCCAAAUUCGAUUAUUACCUCAGUUCACACAGAGUUUGAAGUUAAUGAAAAUGAUAUUGUCGCUACGAGUAGUUUCGAAGAAUCAAAAAACGAGGAUCAAAAAUUAAGUUCUCAUACCAAAGAGCGUUUUGACGAGGCCGGCAAGACGCCAUAUAUUGAUGCAAACAUGCCUUCUAAACGAAGUAGAGGUAGACCUAGAAAGAAUCCUAUACAAAUCACAAAUAAUUUUGUAACACAAACAGAAGUGGUGCAAACAGAAGAUUUUAAUGUCUCCGAAUCGACGAAAUCAAAAUGCAACGAAGUAACUGAAAAAACAGAACAGAUUGAAUCCGAAAUGUUGCUCAUCGAAAAAGCUGCUUCGAUCACUUUGGUAGAUUCUUUGACCUCGAAUGUUGAGUCUUUGCCUGCUAUUGAAAGCAUUCGGGAAUCGAAUUUAUCAGAAACAAAGAGAGAUGGAUUAAAGGUUGAAGAAAACGAGAUUCGAUUAUUCAAGAUGAAUACUUCUGAAAACCAAUCGAUGCAAAAAGUAGAAUCAACAGAUAUCGAGAUAGUUGAUACUGUGUCCGCAAAGAAUUGCGAUGUUUUAUCAGAAGAAAAUAAAGCUGUCGAUACAUCGAUGCUGUCGGAGAUGAACAUACAUGCUGACGAUACAAAAUAUCAGUCAGAGAAUAAAUCUGAUUAUAAUAAUACAAGCGCAAAUAUUUUAAUUAACUCAACAAUCGAAUCUUUAGGCGAAUUUUCUUCACAAAUUAUUGAAAAAGUAUCAACUACAAUUGAUGAUUUGAAAUCGGUUGAAUCCAUUAAAGCAAUUGAACUUGAUGAGAGUCUCGAAAUUCAGAAGUCACCUAAUAUUUCAGAAGAGAAACGAACAAAGUCAGGAGAGGAACUUCCAGAGAUAGAAAUAUUUCAUGAAGAAACAAAACUUAUAUCGGAAUCAGGAGAUAGCGAGGAUGAAGCCACUGACGAUAAAUCUCUUCCCAUCACAAAUCCUCGCGAGCUGCUAGCGCAGAAAACCAUAGACUUAGAGAAUGAUAGCAUUCACGAUAAAAAAACAACUCGAUUGGAAUCAUCGAACAAAAGAUUAUCCGAAAGUUUUCAGUCAGCCGGCAAAGAGCGAGAAACUGAUCGUAAAAAAUCAAAAGCCUCUCGAGAUAGAAGGAAAAAGGUGGUCACUGUAGCCAAGAUCGCCGAACUAUCGAGCGACAGCGAGAAUGAAGUUGAUAGAAUCGAAUCUGCCUCUUCGAGCAAAAGCAAGAUUGUGAAGAGCGUAUUUGGCAGAGUUUUCGGCGGCGAGAAAACGGAUAAAGUGAAGGAGGUACUGAAUGACUGGGUAUCGCGGUCGGAAGAUGACUCGGACAUAUCCAGAAGCGCUUCCGAGGCAAAAUUCUAUUUACGCGGACCAACCAAAAUUUCCGAAAACGGACACAAGAAGGAUAAGAAACGUCAUUCAGGAAUUCUUACGGGCUCCGAAACGAAAAAGGAUGCUGAACUAUCUCCCAGAAAAAAUGGGAACGACAAAAGCAAUAGUAUCGAGAUUCACGGAAAAUUAAAGAACCGAAAGAAACGAGAAAAGGAUUUCAAUUUGAUGCCCGAGAAUCGUGUCGAGUCACUGUCACCUAUUAAUUCAGUCAAACGAAGACAUCGAGAGAGCAAGAUCAGAGCGGAUGAGAGAAUAAGAGAAAUCAGAACUUUCGAUGACGAGUCGCCAAUUCUUUUGGAUGGCGAUGAAAAUGUGAAUAACGAAAUUAAAGAAACAGGCAAUCAGUUUGACGAUGAUUAUUUGAGCAACAAAGAUAACGAAUUGCGAAGAUAUUACGAGGAAGAAGAACGAACGAAAGAUAAGAAUUCGAUUUCUGCGGACUGGGAAAAUCUUCAAGAUUGCCAUGAUGUCUGUGGAAAAUCGAAAAAUAAUUCUAGCUAUUGUAAGAAGCAUGAUAGCGCAAGGGAUGAACGUUCUUCUUCGCCUUCGCAAUUCAAUAUGUUCAAAUGUAGACGGAGACAGAGUAAGACUAAGGCCGGCGAGAGGAUCUGGAAAGCUCUUGACAACGAUACUUCAUCAUGCUUUUCUGACGAUCAGGACUUUAACGAGACGCAUAAAAAUUUCAAGGAGCGAGAAAGUGGAUUUCAUGAAUCUAGAAACGCAGAUUAUUCAAAAAAUUCAAAGAAUGUCAAACAUAAUGAUGACACUUGGAAAAAUACUAGUUUAAUAAAUCAAUCACAGGUUGAAGCACAGGAUGCAUGCGGGAGAUCAAGAAAGAAUUCAAAUAAUCGUAAGAAACAGAAUUUCAAUAUAAUCGGAAUCGACAAGAUGAAAAUGGAUAAUAUUAUUUCAAAAAAUUUUGAUAAUGACUCAUUGUUUGUUUUAAAUAAAAAAACGAAGGAAAACGAAACGCAAAACGAUCAAGCUACUCGAUUUACAAGUGAAACGAGGAACCGGUCGAAGAAUCUGACUAUCAAAGAUACUUAUGAAUCUUUCGCAGAUAAAAAUCAUCAGCCAGCAAAUUCCAGAAAGAGCAAAAAAGAAACCGCCAGUGAAGACUGGAAAUUUUCAAUGAAAAGUUUGGAAUUCGAUAAGGAAGAUCUCACAAAGGACAAUCAGUUUAUGGAGAAGGAAAUUAGAGAGAAGCAUGAAGUAUCCACGAUGUUGUCGCAUAGCUGUAAUAAUUUGACAGGACCAACUAUGAAAGAUCAAUUCGCUGAUCUCGAUGGAAAUCCUCAAAUAAAUCGCGAAUCUGAUAAUGAUGACAACAAUGACGAAGAUGAAGAGCAAGAAGACGACGACGGCGAUGAUGACAAUGAUCUCGGACGUCGAAGAAUGUCACCGUUUUACGCUUGCGAGACUCCCGACAGCUCAAUAGAGAGUAGCUCUAACAACGAGGAGGAUGAGGAGGAAGAUGGCGAAGAGAUCGAAGAAGAAAAGAUGACGUACGAAGAUACUUCUAAAAAGACGAACCCCAGCGAGUUUUCCGGGGAAAAAAUCGUCAUCAGGUCGCCGUCAUCGGGUCACAAAUCGGACGUGGUGACGAUCGCGCCGACGGACGCAAUCGAGGACAACGCUUUGGAUGUGCCGAGAGAGAUAGAGUCGACAACGGAACCACGACAGGGCAAAAUUCUAAACUUCGACGAAGAGCUUUUUGUAGAGUGUUGCUCGAGAUUGAAGGCUACUAGCGAGAAUGAGCUGAGAGGCGCAAAGAAAAUCAAGCUCGAUCACACGGAAUCUUAUCACAAACGAGACGAUCAACCGCAAGGAUUUAGGGCCAACAAAGAUCGAUGGAAGGACGUGGAAAGUCAAAACAGCCUUGGCAGUCUUCUGGAAUCAGUAAAUCAAUUGCUUGGCGAGGAGAUGUACAACAGUCACGACAAAAGCUAUCGAACGCGCGGCAGCGAGCAAUCGAGCAGAUCUGCUAGUCCGGAUGCAUCGCGAGUCGACAACCUCGGCUACGAGGACAGUCUGGACGUAGCCUUUGAGCAUAAUAACAAGCUCCGAGAUAAGAUUCAGCAGCGUAUGAGAGAGAGCGAGAAUCUGAUAGCCAGCACAUUCGGUCAGAAGACCAACGAUAAUAAUCAUUCUGGCAACGACAAAGGAGACAGUGUUACCUCAUAUUCUUCGAGUAUGCACGAACAACAAUCUACCUCAAUUGCGUCGAAUAGAGAGCGAAUACCGUCGCCGGGACACAAGAAUAAAGUGAAUUCGACUCUAGGUGGUCUGCUAGACAAAGCAUUGUCCAACUUAUUGCACAGCAACGGCAAACAUGACCAUAACGGAUCCGCUCCAAUGAAGCUGUUGGCGGAGCUGGCCUGUGCACGAGCUCCUACUUCUACGUCACUGGAAGAUACUACGAACAGCGGCAAGAAUUCUCAAUCGGUGAAGAUGGUCGCCGUGGCGGUGGCAACUGGAGCGACCAAAGAUACUCCGGAUUUAUCGAAGAAGCCGACGAAAGGAUUGGCAGUAACAUCGAAAACAUCUCUAACAAAGAAAAUAAGAAACCCUAUUAAAGAGCUAUUUGAACGCAAAAAAGAGAUAAACGACAGAAAAGAACGUUCAAAGACUACGAUAGUGGAGUUAAAUAUACAGAAACCACGCAAACCAAAGAAGGGCAAGAAGCAGCAGCAAGAAUUUCCACUUAUUCGUAGAAACGAGCUGUAUGGGGGUUUGAUGGAGAAGAAGAAGCGUCGCGAAUCCUUCGAUCGAAAAGGAGAAUCAGAAAGGAUAAAGGACGUGUAUGAAUUUGACGAGGAAGAAAGCCAAAUAGCGCCAACUUUGGGUAGUGUGAUGUCCUACAGGAGCCAAGUUGACAAGAGUUACGAGACUAACUGGAAGAAGGAUAACGAUGGGGACCUUGGCACUUUAGAGAACGGCAAGACUAAUUAUAUCGUGGACACAAAAUUAGGCGUUAUAAUCGACCGUAAAUUUCAAGAGCUGGAGAAGUUUGCGCCCAAAACGAAAGGCGCUUUGAAGUCGUUCCAGAGUGAAGAACAGCAGCAGCGAGUUGCCGAUUCAAUUACCGGACCGAUGGACGAUUUUGUGGAAAGGAAGCAGCAACGCUUGAAACGUCUCGAGCAGAGCAUCAAGCAAUCCAGCAAACUUAGGAAACGAGGUAAAAGUUCGAAAAAACGGGUGAGAAAUGCGUGGUAUGAGAAUGACAGCUCGGACGAGUUUAGGACGGCUGCGAAAGCGGAAGACGUUGGCGUUGGCAUUUCGAAGAGUCAACGCACAUGCUCGAAAGGCAAACAGAAUCUCUUUGCAGAAUUGUCGACAUCGUCCGAGAGCGAAUACGAACGGCAGGACGAUGUUGAAUCCGUAAUUGGGAAUGAACAACAAUCUCUAUCGAGGUCGAGAAAGAGCUUAAAGAAACAGCUCGACAUCGACGUCGAGGAGAUGAAUUGUGAUGAACACACUAUCAAUGAAUCCAAAUUCGAUAACGAGAAUCAAAUUACGAAUUGCGAUUGGCAAAAUCAAGUAGCGCAGAAUGAUGCUAUAAAGAAAGAUUACGACGCCGCAAAAUCAGAAUCGGAAAUGUCGGAUCGUUCGUUGGUGAUAGAUGAGAGAAAAACGACUGAUGAAGCGAGGAACAGUGAUGACGAUGCGGACAAUCAAUAUGAAAGGACAUUCGAGCUGGAAGAUUUGUACAGAGAAGAUAGUUCGGAGACGGAGACGGAGGUCGAAGGCAAUGAAGAAUUGACACCGACAAUCGAGGAAGCAAAGGACAGAGUUGGGAUGCGAGUAUUGGACGAAGAAAACGCAACUUUGCAAACGAAAGAUAUUCCUACGAAUGUGAGAGACGACUAUGCACCGGAAAACGAAUUGAUUCCUUUGGAAGAAGCUUUGGAUUUCUUGGACCGGCACGAGGAUCUGGAGUCAAAAUCUGAGAAUAUAUGCCCGAAAAUUCAAACUGAGAAUGAUAAUAUCAAUGACACUGUACGUACAGUGAAUGAAAUUUCUAAUGAUGGUAUCAUUAACAUGGAAAAGGAAAACAAAUAUCUGGACAAUACAGAAGCACAAGAUGAGAAGGAAGAACCGGAUGAUGAUGUUCCAGCUUUGCCCGAGAAAUUGUCUAGCAACGAGAAACCACAGAAAGAAUCCGAUAACAAUCUUCCUCUUCAUGUGUUCCUUAGCAGAAAAGUACAAGAAUCAAAGAAGAGAAAACAACAGCAGUUAGAUAAAUUACGAGAAGAGCAGGAGAGGAUACUCAUGGACUUUCAGCCGACUAGAAGACAAAGAAAAUGCGCGAUAGGCAAGCAAGGAUUGCUAGCGGAAAUUAGCAGUUCAGAUGAGGAAUCAUAUACUAGAGAUAAUAGCAAGAGGGGAAACGAUCAUGAUAAAUCGCGUAAGAAACGGGAAUCGAAAGAGAAAAAAAAGGAAAGGUAUCUCGAGAAAAAGCACGAGCAAAUGAUUGCCAAAGAACAGAAAGCGAUUGAAGAAGAGAUUUUGCGAGAGGUCGGCAAGAGAAAAGAGAUUCUUGCACAAAGCAUAGAUACCGUAGAUACCGCGUUGAAUAUCGACGUAGUACAAACAAAUAUUGUUUUUGGGCAGGCCCAUAAAAAGAAACAUCAAUCGAAGGAGAAGCAAAAGAAAAACGGCGACGAGAAUACUGAGAAGAGUAUGCAACAUAUUACUAAUCAGUCUUCUCUUGGCAGUUCAGAAGACAUUCGUAACAAUUUAGAACACGCUUUUUCUUCUACAGAAAGUAUCAUCGGAGAGAACAACGACCACUUAUCAAUUUCAUCUAAGCGAAAAAAACUCUCGAAAUCACCGACGAGACUGAAAAAAAUUCCCAAACCGGGUGAGAAUGGAAAGAUCUCGGCAAACAAGAAAAGUAAAGAGUCAAUUGCGGAGAAAUCCAAGAAAACAUCUGCGAGCAAUAAUAAGGAUUCAAAGGAACGCAGAUCAUCUAGCGGCAAACAUGACUCUGAUGACGAAGAACUAAAAACCACCAAAUCAUGGAACAAAGUCGAAGAAGGCGUCGGGGUGGCGAUCGGUAGACGAAAACGCUCUGCCGCUCUUCAGCUAUACUAUUGGUCUAGUUCGAGUGACGAAGAAGAGGCGCCGGAGCCGAUUUCGAUACCCGAAGAAGAAGAGGAUGAUCGACAAGAGCAACAUGGAUGGAUAGUGGGCGACUCCCAUAAGCGGAUGAUAACGAUGUUGGCAAUGGAGAAGCAGCAAAAAGAAAAGCGACGCAGAAGCGAAGAUGAAUUCGAAUCCGGCAAAUCAAAGAACAAGAAACAUCGGAACAGUACUUCUUGAUACGUGUUUCACGAUUAAAUCUACAUCACGUGACGGACGCGAUAUUGACGAUUACGUCAUUGUGAUUUUUAUUUUUAGAAAUUAUGGAGGUAAAAGUGCAACCAGAAGAAAUUGUCUCUUCAAUUACAUUUUAUUUCACGGCGGUUAUCCGCAAUUCUAUUUAGGUAGACAAUUGUGUACAAGUGAAUGGUGCGAAGUUAUUUGUUGUGUUCGAUCUUUUUCUUUUUUUGUUGCAUAUUAAAUAAUAAAUAUUGAAUGUAUGAAAGUGAUGGCGAAUAGAAGAAGUGUAUCAUGGACAUAUAAAGAACUUGUAUGUCUAUAUGUAUCUUAUAUGUCUAUGAAGCAUAUAAAAAAAUGAAGAAAGAGAUAUAAAGUGUACAUAGAGCUGCUUGACAUUAGAGUAAAAAGAUUAGAGAUUAGAAAAAUAUCCUCCCGUUGCACUAAAAAUGUGUAUGUGUGUGUGUGUGUGUGUGCGAAACAUACAUAUAUACAUAACUUGAGAUCUUAUAUAAAUAAUGCAAAUAUGCAACAUUAUAUAGACUGAACGUGAGAAGUAGUAGAGAGUGAAGAGGGCACCCUUAGACAAUACUAGAACAUUGUAACAUUUAGUUACGUAGGGAAACUUCCUACAUACAAUACGAGAAGAUAAAGAAGAAGGAGAGAUGAGGGAAGUCAGUCACAGCCGCUUAUUUAGAAAAGGACGACGUAUAAAACCGGGUCCAAUCAAGUUUAGUGCUUCUACACAGCUUUUUGUGAUUCGUAAAAUGUAUUUCUCCAUGUAUACUUGCAUAUUCUUAUAUAUUCGUACGUAUUCUUACAUAUCGCAGAAUGAAGUAAAAAAAAUAUGAAAAGUUUUAGGAUGAUUUUGAAAAUACUACGUUUGAAGAGCUUAAAUGCUUAUGAAUGCGAAAGAAUGCAAGAGGUGAAAUUGUUUUGAUUUUUAUUUUUACGAAUUUUUGUAGAUCUCAAGCUUGCACGACAUAAAAUAAAGUCACGCGUAUAUUCGAAGAAAAACACAAGCUUGUUUAUACAUGAAACGCGGACAUUUUUUUUCUUUCACACUCACAUCUCGUGCACAUAAGACAUAAGUAUAUAGAUUUUCAUAUAUUACGAAAAAAAUGUUAUAUAUGUUAUACGCAAAUGACAGAAAAAAAAGUAAAAAACGAUUAUAGACUUUAAUGUAAAUGUACUGCCAUAAUCAUAUAUAUUAUACGAAAAAAAAGCCUAUGCGAGAGAAAAAUAUAGUAAUUAAUAUUAUUCCUCUGUAAAGAUUCAAAAACAUCUCUAGCACAAAACUAUAGGCGACGAUCUAAUGUAAAUAGAGCAUAUUUUCAAUGUGUCUGGAAAAAGUAUGUUUUGUAAUAUAAGGAUUACAAAGAAAAAAAAUAAAAUUCUUCAACAAUA